CAUCCGGAUAUUUUUGGUAGACGACGAAAUUUUUUAGAUUUUGGACAACCCUGCGCCUCUAGUUACCAAAUUUUAUUCUAAGUAAUAGGCGAAAUCAAUAUGAGUUCCUCUGGCGAGUUUGGAAAUCCUCUACGAAAGUUUAAAUUAGUGUUUUUAGGCGAGCAAAGUGUCGGUAAAACUUCUUUAAUUACAAGAUUUAUGUAUGAUAGUUUUGAUAAUACUUAUCAGGCUACUAUAGGAAUAGAUUUUUUAUCCAAGACCAUGUACUUAGAAGAUAGAACAAUAAGAUUACAACUGUGGGAUACAGCCGGACAAGAAAGAUUCCGUAGUUUGAUACCAAGUUAUAUUCGUGAUUCUUCUGUCGCUGUAGUUGUUUAUGAUAUCACUAAUGCCAAUUCAUUUCACCAGACAUCAAAAUGGAUAGAUGACGUGCGGACUGAAAGAGGAAGUGAUGUCAUCAUUAUGUUAGUUGGUAAUAAAACUGAUUUAUCAGACAAAAGACAAGUAACAACUGAGGAGGGAGAAAGAAAAGCUAAAGAAUUAAAUGUGAUGUUUAUAGAAACUAGUGCUAAAGCUGGCUACAAUGUCAAACAGUUAUUCCGAAGAGUUGCCGCAGCGUUACCUGGAAUGGAACAAACAGAACCUAAAAAAGGAGAGAUGACGGAAGUCAAAUUAAAAGAAACCCCUGCAGAACCCCAGGCACAGGAAGGGGGCUGUGCAUGUUAGUAGAUGUAACGAUGUUUUUGAUUGGUCACCACUGUUUUUAUAUCGAAUGAAGCUAUUGGUUGUUUUUUGUACAAAUG